AAAGGACACCAGAAUUCGGCGCAAGCAAGCCUCGCAGAGUCCAGCAGAAAACUGGACUUGUUGAGAUUGUCCCUUGAACUCAGAAGGCAAGAGUUACCCGCUGACAGUGCGACCGCUGCUCAAUUGAAACGAGAAUUAGCCAGUGUGCAAGCAGCCAGUCCAAUUCCUGUUACCUACACCUCUUUGCAACCUUUUCGAGGACCUUUGGAAGGCAGAGCCACGGUUCCUGCUUCGGUGUCGAGAUGUGCCGCGGUCACGGGCCAAUUGGAGGUGAGAUUGAUGGGCUGUCAAGACUUGGCAGAGGAGGUGCCAGGACGUACCAGAAGAGAGCAUCCAGCGAGUCCGGAUUUGCGAAGUUUUGUUAAAGGCGUAACGGGACGUAGUUCGUGCAAAUCUUACAGCGUGAAAGAUGAAACGAGUAACGAUAUUAUGGCGGUAAUUAAAUUAGAUAAUCAGACGGUGGCGCAGACUAGUUGGCGACCAUGUUCCCAACAGGCUUGGGACCAAAGGUUCUCUAUUGAACUAGACAAAUCAAGGGAGUUGGAAAUAGGCAUUUAUUGGAAAGACUGGAGAUCGCUUUGUGCAGUGAAAUUUUUACGCUUAGAAGAGUUCAUCGAUGACGUCAGACACGGGAUGGCGCUGCAGUUGGAGCCCCAGGGCUUGCUAUUUGCAGAGAUUAAAUUCCUUAACCCGAUGAUUUCGAGGAAGCCCAAAUUGCAGAGACAACGGAAAAUCUUUAAGCAACAAGUCAAGAAUUUCCCACGGGCCAAUCAGAUGAACAUUAAUGUCGCCACGUGGGGUAGGCUUCUUAAACGUUCAGCGCCCUCACUGCACAACACGCGAAGCUCUGAAAGCCCGCCAUCAGGUUCGCAACCAUUGCAGCUAGUUUUUGAUACGUCCGUAGAAGACAAAGCGGAAACACCUGGGGAGUUACCGGAUCCGGAAAAGGGUGGCUUAGGAGGAGCACGUCCCUUAGGGAUGGGAACAUCGACCGGAAGUCCUGUGCUUCCGCAUCCCCCGGAACAUCCGCCACCUCCACCUCCAACAGUUUCGAAAAAACCGUCUAUGCAAGCUCCUGCACCUCCUCCAAAAUUAGACCAAGAGUUACAGAGUGCGUUAAGGGAGUUUGAUUUCCUGCACAACGAGGAACGGGGUGGUCCCCAAGGGGCCAGUUUAAGGCCCCUCGUCACGGAGCCUCGCCCUGUGCUGAUCGCACCACCUUCUCCACGCACACCCUCGCCCCAACCCGUCGUCGAGUUUCCCGAAGAUGAGAAAAAGCCUCUUGCCCGAGAGAAAAUUAAAAAUGUGGUCUAUGAGAUGCCAGCAAGGCCUUUCCAAUACCGAGACAGUGCAUACGAGUCGAGACGACAAUCUCAACUCACAGGGAUGACUCUAGACAACUUCAGGUUACUCUCCGUCCUUGGUCGAGGCCAUUUCGGAAAAGUGAUUCUAUCUCAGUACAGGAACACUGGGGAAUACUUUGCAAUUAAGGCUCUUAAAAAGGGUGACAUUAUUGCGAGGGACGAAGUAGAGUCCUUGUUGUCCGAAAAGAGAAUAUUUGAGGUCGCCAAUGCAACCCGCCACCCUUUCCUCGUUAAUCUCUUCGCUUGUUUCCAGACAGAGGCGCAUGUAUGUUUUGUAAUGGAGUACGCCGCUGGUGGUGAUCUAAUGAUGCACAUACAUGCUGAUGUAUUUGGAGAACCGCGUGCAGUUUUUUAUUCAGCCUGUGUUGUGCUAGGAUUGCAAUAUUUGCACGAGAGUCGCAUUAUUUAUAGGGAUUUGAAAUUGGACAAUCUUUUACUGGAUACCGAGGGCUACGUAAAAAUAGCCGACUUUGGAUUGUGUAAAGAAGGCAUGGGGUUUGGCGAUAGAACGGGAACCUUCUGUGGAACUCCGGAAUUCUUGGCGCCGGAAGUCCUUACGGAAACUUCUUAUACUCGAGCAGUCGAUUGGUGGGGUCUUGGCGUUUUAAUUUUUGAGAUGUUAGUCGGAGAGUCUCCAUUCCCUGGUGACGAUGAAGAAGAAGUCUUUGAUUCCAUUGUCAACGAUGAAGUGCGUUAUCCUAGAUUCCUGACGUUAGAGGCAAUUGCAAUUAUGAGAAGGCUUUUACGGAAAAAUCCAGACAGAAGAUUAGGCAGCAGCGAGAGGGACGCCGAGGAUGUUAAAAAACAAGCGUUCUUCCGACACAUUGCGUGGGACGAUUUGCUCUUGAGGAGAGUUAAGCCACCAUUCGUCCCAGUUAUUGACUCUGUGGAGGAUGUUAGCAACUUCGAUGAAGAAUUUACAUCAGAGAAACCGCACUUAACGCCUCCCAAAGAUCCUCGGCCACUUAGCGAUUUGGAGCAAAGCCUCUUCAGGGACUUCACCUACAUGGCCGAUUGGUGCUAGCCAUUGCAAUGAAGUGUAACAUCACCUCUCUCUCCAGUUCACUUUAACCGAUUAAGAAUCGUAUCUCCUCGAGGGCUUUGUACCGAAUCACUGUUCGUCUACGCGUAGAAUUAAUAUCAAAAGUAUACAUUUCCUUUUUGUAUACACGCGAGUUUUUACACCCUCAAUGGCCACUGAAUAUUUUUAUAUUUAUUUUAUUUUUUACUUCCGCCAACCCCUACUAUAUAGAUUCGAGUUAUAUCCGCCCCCAGAUUACACCAGCCCUACCUUCCGAUUACAAUAGAAUAAUUGUUCAUAUAAUUACUAUCAAAUCGAGAACAAAUAUAUAUGGAACUCGUUUGUAUCGCUAGAAGCUCAUAUACGACCUCAGAUUGUAAAUGAAAAUGAUAACCGACCUUUCUCCGAUAGUCACAAGUAGUAACAUCCUGAUCUAGGUACGCGUAAUCUACAUGGCAAACUUGUAUAUAUCUAUCAGAAGCCAGAUUAACAUUUUCAAAGGAGAUUAGACACGCGAAUCGAUAUAUUGAGAGAUAAUCACGAUAGAAGAUUUUCAAAUUGAAUAUUUUCAACUAAUUAGAGGGAGCCAGGAACCUAGCUGUAUUUGCUCAUAUUAAUGUGAUAAUCGAUCAAACCGGAAAUAGAAUCGUAAACUUAUAUCAUAUAUAAACCGUAAUCUACACAGUCGAUGCUUCAGAUAAUAUAUUUAUACCAAUAGUAAGCAGCAUCGCGUACUCUAGCAAUGUUUCGCCACUAUAUUUUCUACACAAUUGACGGUUUUUCCUUUUCGUCUAUAUGUUAAUUGAAUUGCCAUUUUGAACGCGUGCCUGUUCGACGCAUUCUACGCACGUAAAACAUGUGCCUAAGCAAUUUGCAGCUAAACACGUAGCAAUCUUGCUGAGUAUAACCGCAAUAAAUUUUGGAAGACCACUACACGAGAUCAUUGAUAUGCUUCCACUGUAAAUCGCCUAUUACUUUUAUAAUUAUUAAGAAUAAGAAUGCCGACCACUCUUGAUUUGCACCGCUCUAAAUUAACUUAUCGACGACACUAAAGUCGGAAUGAUAAGAUCGUUCCGCUGUCGAUUUUCUCAGUAACUCAGAGCUUCGUGAAACGAUUUCGAUAAUUAAAUAGAAUAUUCAUCGUUUACUGUAGCGUUUUUUUUUUUUUUUCAAGAUCAGAGAAAUAUUUUAUCAUAGAAAUUGAUAGAGAAGGUCCUUUAAGUAAUCAUCAGAGGGAUCUGAACAGCCGAAAAGUAUAACGUGUAACUGUUUGUGAUAAUUUCGAGUACACCUCGAGGUCAGGUUGCCUUAUCACGUUAAAUUAAUAACAGUUCUGGUAUCUAUAUUUUGUAUUGGAAAACUUUGUACUCUGUAUCCGAAGCCCUUUUCGAUAAACAGGUGCUCUCGGUUAAUGCAUAAUCAUAUCGUGCCUGGUUUUUGUCAUCCAACUUACACUUCUGAUUUAUUCUAAAUAACAAAUUCUUCGGAGAGCAAAACUCUCAAGAAUCGACGCAGGGGUAUUAAACAAAAAAGCAAGCAAAAUUAGACAAAAAGAUUGAAACGCAAAUAGAAAGGCUGAUUUGUAUUGGAAUUGUAUUUCGGUCCAAAGUCAACUGUUCUGUUUAUAACCGUUGACUUGAUAAAUAUUAAUUUAUAAUGGGACUCACGUUAAUAAAUGGUUUAAUGGGAA